AUGAUGGCUUCAAUUAACCCCACUACCUCCGACUCCGUGGAAGCCAACCCUUUUGAUCCCCGCCUGAAGCUUCAAGUUCUGCUUCCUGGGGAUCCUUUCUACGUUUCUCGUCAGGAGUCGUACUGGGCUGUUAAUACUCGGCUCAACCCAUCUUGCUUUGUUCUUCCCGAGUCUUCUCAACAAGUCUCGGAGAUACUUAAAGUGCUGGUGGCUCUAAAGCGACAGUUCGCUAUCCGAAGUGGUGGUCAUUCGCCAGUGCCGGGAACUAACAAUAUAGCAAACGCUGUUACCAUCGAUCUCGGCUUCCUGAACAGGGUUGCAUUUGAUGCUGGCUCUGAGACGGUGAGUUUUGGCGCAGGCGCAAGGUGGAAGGACGUAUACGAGGAGUUAAGCAAGUACAAGCGGACUGUGGCCGGAGGGAGGGGUGGCGACGUUGGCGUCUCGGGCCUGCUCCUGGGUGGUGGCAGCACAUGGAUGAUGGCGAAAAAUGGCUGGGCUUGUGAUAACGUACUAUCGUAUGAAAUCGUCUUAGCGGAUGGCCAAAUCAUCACUGCGGAUAGAGAUAGGAAUGUGGAUCUAUUCCGCGUAUUGAAGGGCGGCUCGAACAAUUUUGGAAUCGUCACUAGGUUUACUAUGCCGACUAUGCCGUCGGAUAGAAUUUGGGGGGGCGUAGCUGCCUCUCCACAAACGGCUAUCUCUGAGGUUAUCGAUGUGAUGUGGGAGUUUACGGAAGAGCAAGCUAAGUAUCCGGACAGCUACCUUAUGGUUGUUAUCGGUUAUUUCCCUGACUUCGGGGCUAAUGUGGCAUCGACUGCUCUCUUUCAAGGAAAUAAUGAUUCUACCGGCCCUGAAUUCAAAGGGUGGCAUGAACUCCCUAAACUCGUGGAUACCACCAAGGAGACAACGAUACAUAGCAUAUCCUUCGAUAUCACGCUCCCUCAUAGCUACCAUGACGCAUGGUUUACUCUCUGCUUCAAGAAUGAUAAACGUAUCAUGCAAAAAGCUGCAGAGGUGCAUGAAGUACUCGUCGAAGAGCUCAAAUCACUUGUCCCGGAUGGCAAUUUUGUCACCCAGUGUAUCUUCCAGCCCCUCCCUACAAUUGUAUCGAAACACUCAACUGCAGCGGGUGGGAACGUAAUGGGUGUUGAACGAAACACCGAUAACGCCAUUAUUUUCCAGUACGCGGCCAUGAUGGAUACAGCCGAGCAGGCGGCAAUCGUAUAUCCUAAGAUGCUGGUAGGAAUUCAAACUAUAAAGGAUUUCGCAGCUGGCAUAGAAAACGGACUGAUGGACUGGCUGUACAUGAACUACGCGGACAAGACACAAGACGUUCUUGGGAGUUACGGCGCUGAAAACGUCAAUAAAAUCAAGCAAGCAGCGGCAAAAUAUGAUCCUGAUCAGGUCUUUCAAAAGCUAUGCCCUGGAGGGUGGAAGAUAUCAGACAUAAGAUAG